ACUGCCUGCUGGGAUGAAGCUCGCCACCGGAGAACUACAGAGAUUGUUACAAAUCUGAGAUCACCCACAAUCUCGGCGAUAACUCGUCGAAACGACCGGUUACCAACAGUUAGUUUCCAGGAGAAGGGAGGAAAGAGGCGCGUUGCCAAAAUGAUGGAAGAAAUAGAUAGAUUUCAAGUGCCGAGUGCCGUGCAGGAGGCGGAGAUGCAGGCUGAGAUGCAGCCGCUGGACCCGGCUUCGUCCACCACCUCAGAGGCAGACUCAGACACCAGAGAGGGGGAACCAGUCACUAUCAACUACAAGCCCUCACCCCUGCAGAUGAAAAUAGAGAAACAGAGAGAGCUGGCUAGGAAGGGCUCAUUGAAGAACGGCAACACUGUAGGAAGUCCAGUCAACCAGCAGCCCAAGAAGAACAAUGUCAUGGCCAGAACACGGUUGGUAGUGCCCAAUAAAGGCUAUUCCUCUUUAGACCAGAGCCCAGAUGAGAAGCCCUUGGUGGCCCUAGACACAGACAGUGAUGAUGAUUUUGACAUGUCUAGAUACUCAUCGUCGGGAUACUCCUCUGCUGAGCAAAUCAAUCAGGACCUGAACAUACAGCUACUGAAAGAUGGUUACCGCCUAGACGAGAUCCCGGACGACGAGGACCUGGAUCUGAUCCCUCCCAAAUCAGUCAACCCUACCUGCAUGUGCUGCCAGGCAACCUCCUCCACCACCUGUCAAAUACAGUAACCCCGCCCCCCUGACCUUCUGCCCCUUCCCUUCUCCACACAAUAUAACCCCCAAUCUUCAUCUGCUGCGUGUUUACUUCGCCCGCCAGAAUGGCGAAAGUGAAGCAUUGGUAGAGUAUUGUAAUGACAGUUAAGUGCUAUGAUGAUAAUGACAAUGAGAAAAUAAUCAAAUUAACAUGUAGAAAGUUUGGUUUAAGAUCUAGGAGAAGGAACACAUAUGAAGAUAUUGAAUAUGUAUUUAAAAUAUGAGUAAAAGUGGUGGUUUCCUCCUAUGGUAGGACAUGCACUUGUGUUUGAAAGCCCUUCUCCUGGUGAACAUGAUGUAACAAAACACACUGAUGUUAGUAGACAGAAAACAAAAGGCCAAUUGAUGCUGUAAAGUGAUUUCCAUUUCCCUGAAGAAUAAGAAACAUUAUCAUAACUGCUAACUCAACUGUUCUGCUUUCCUGAAUUCUGGGUUGCAUUUUUGCAUUUUUCUACUUUGUUAUUUUUAGUUUUUAUUUAAAUGCUUACUUUUUUUAAACCCAAGGGAUCUGUAUGAUUGUAUGUGUUGAAGUGGAGAUAUUUUAGAAGCGUGGACUGCGGUCUUGGUACCCAAAAUAGAAGAUAUCUGGUAUUCAUUGUACUGUACAGGGUUGUUAUGUAGCACAGGCCAGGUCGUUGCAUUCAUCCAUACCACCUUCAACACUUAGGGGAGGAAUGUAAGAACAUGAAUGGCUGAGGAACAAACAGCACGAAGAGCACUGGACUAAACAAUUUAAUUGAAAUAAUAAGUAGCUUGUUGCACAUUUGAUUUUUCCCCCAUUUCUAUUGUGCAGUCACAUGCUACCGUUGUGACACUAGCUUGACUUGUAUUGUUUUGAAUUUGCACAUUUACUGUUUUUGUUUUUGGGCCCAUAGCUGUGUACUCUUUCCUGCAUAGCAGUGACAGUGUCUUAUCUGAAAUGAACUGUGUCAAAAGGGAAGAUUACAUAUCAUUGCACUGACCUGAACACAUGAUGCUCACGUGAUUCACAUAUUAUCAAGGCCAAAGGGACAGUGGGGUGGGGGGGGGUGGGGGGGGGGGCUUUAGAUCGACUUUUCAGCACUUCUACAGUCUCAGUGUCACAGCCUAAUGAUCACUGGACACUCCUUCCUUUCCAUUUCUGUUUUUACACCACAGAUCAUCAAGGGACACCAGAAAGAUUCACACGCGUACUCACAUGCAUUUGCCUGCAUACAAACAUACAGUGCCAACAUAAAGAGUGUGAGAUGGCAUCUACUUGUCACUUUUGACUAAUGGUUGGAAAUUGUUUUGUAAUCACAACAUCAAGGAUGGUUGACUUGGAGCACUAAUAUCCUUCAUUUAUGACUCUUUCCCUCCCUUGAAUCAGUUGAUUAUUUGCAAUUAGAGUAUGCCUUAAGUUCAGAGAAGUUUAAAAAAAAAACUGUGUGUAUUUAUUGCCAUCCUGAUAAUUUAGUUCAUUUGCAGAGCAUUUGCUGUUUAUGAAGUUCUGCUUUUUUUUUUUUUUACAUUUAGACACGGGUGAUAAUUGUUUUUCUUUGGUUUUCCUUUUUUAAAUAAUUUUCUUGUAAUGUAAACACUUCCAUUACAGUAUUUAACAAUAUUAUUGUUAUGUGCAGUGUAUGAAAACAAUAAAUAAACACCAAGCUAAUGGAGA